GCUGAGUUGGUCCAGGUGACUCGUUUGGCUCCAUAAUAUGGCUUUAUCAAAAACACAAUCAGGCAUAACAGAUGAUAAUGAUAACAAAACAGUAAACAGAAAGACACUCUCAAAAACUGCCAAAGAAAUGGGUGUAUACCUAAGUACCCCGAAAACCGAAAAGUUCUCGGAAGAUGGUGAAAAUGACAGGCUUCGAUUUGGGUUGUCAUCCAUGCAAGGAUGGCGUGCAACUAUGGAAGAUGCUCAUGCAGCCUAUCCAGAUCUGGACAGCAUGACGUCAUUUUUUGGUGUUUAUGAUGGUCAUGGAGGUCAAGCAGUGUCUAAGUUUUGUGCCAAGUAUCUUCAUCAACAGGUGCUCCAGCAUGAGGCAUAUUCAGCUGGAGAUAUAGGGACUUCACUGCAGAAAUCUUUUCUGAGAAUGGAUGAGAUGAUGCGUGGACAAAGGGGAUGGAGAGAAUUAGCGGUCCUGGGAGAUAAGAUAGACCAGGUUUCUGGCCUUAUUGAAGGGCUCAUAUGGUCUCCUAGAAGUGGUGAAGCCAACAACCAUUUUGAUGAUUGGUCUUCUGAGGAGGGCCCUCACUCUGAUUUUGAUGGACCUACUCAAGGAAGCACGGCGUGUGUUGCAGUAAUUCGAAACAAACAACUCAUUGUUGCUAAUGCUGGUGAUUCUCGUUGUGUAAUAUCUAGAAAGGGUCAGGCUUAUAAUCUGUCUAAAGAUCACAAACCAGAGCUUGAGUUGGAGAAAGAUAGGAUUCUGAAAGCUGGUGGUUUUAUUCAAGUGGGACGUAUUAAUGGAAGCUUAAACUUGGCCAGGGCUAUUGGUGAUGUGGAGUUCAAACAGAAUAAAACUCUGCCAGCUGAAAAGCAGAUUGUAACAGCUAAUCCAGACAUAAACGCUGUUGAGCUUUGCGACGAUGAUGAGUUUCUUGUUUUAGCUUGCGAUGGGAUUUGGGAUUGUAUGUCGAGCCAACAACUAGUGGAUUACGUUCGAGAGCAAUUAAGCUCCGAAACUAAACUCUCAGCUAUCUGUGAGAGAGUAUUCGACAGAUGUUUGGCUCCAACAGCCGGUGGUGAGGGCUGUGAUAACAUGACAAUGAUCCUUGUUCAGUUCAAAAGGCCCGUUGGUUCAGGCACUUUGGAGGAGCAACAAGAGCAGCAACUAUUGACAGAUCAAACAGCCACCACAGAUAAAAGUGCAUCUGGAUCCAGAUCCGGACCUGAAUCGGAAUCUGGAUCUUAAGAAAGCAUUAGCCGCCUUUCUUUCAGUUUUGACCAAAUGGCUAGCUUUUUCCUUGAAAGCUUGUAAGCAAAACGCAGAUGAUACUCAGAUUUCACAUUUAGGAAGUGAUUUUCUUGUGGUAUGAUUGUUUAUGUGUAUGCAUGUAUAGUGUUGCAAGAUUUUUGAUCGAAUAGAUCCUUGGGUUUUUGUAUGUGUUAAA